AUGGCACGCAAACAGAAAUAUUGCGGCAACGGGGAUAGCAAUGAGAAGAACUUCGUCCAGUCUAAUACAAUAGCGUCAGAUUUGUCUCCUGGGCUGGAAGACGAUAUGGUAGAUCGAGCAGCUAUCUACCUCACACAGGCCGUUGAAUACCCACCCUUGACUCCCGAGGCCGAGAGAGCUAUAGUCAGGAAGAUCGAUUGGAUCGUUCUUCCUAUGCUCCUUCUUACUGCUACACUUGGGGCAGUUGAUAAAGUGGCACUGGGAACAGCGGCCCUUUAUGGACUAAGAGAAGAUCUGGGCUUGAAGGGCCAGACGUAUGCCUGGGCAGGAUCUAUUCUCCCAAUCGGGGCUAUUGCAGGCAUGUGGCCGUCAUCAUAUCUAGUACAUCGAUUUCCGUCUGCCAAGUAUCUUUGCGUUUGCUCCAUUGGAUGGUCAGCCGUUACCCUCCUUCUACCAACGUGCACUGGAGGGCAAAGCCUACUUGCAUUAAGAUUCAUCAUGGGGUUCCUAGAAGCUAUCAUUGUGCCAGGGAUAUCACUACUGAUUGCGGGUUUCUACAAAAAGAGAGAACAACCGCCGAGAAAUGCCAUUGUUUUCUCUGCUUUCAGUUCUGUCAUUAACGGAUUCCUCUCAUAUACUGUUGGCCUAUUUACGUAUACAAUGAUACGAAUAGGUUACCUAGGAUCUGUUUCAAUGGCGUGGUCGAUAUUUGCCUUUAUAUUUCUCCCGAAUUCCCCAAUGGAUGCCCGUUUCUUGACAGAUGAAGAGAAAUACCACGCAGUCAAGCGCUUGGCCGAGAACAAAACUGGAAUCGUCAACAAAAGAUGGAAAUGGAACCAAGUUACUGAAGCUGUUCUCGACCCAAAGACAUGGAUUAUUUUCCUAUUCAACGUUGCAAUUAAUAUUCCUAACGGAGGCCUCAUCACGUUUGGUGGAAUCCUAAUAAAAAAUUUAGGAUUUUCACCUAUCCAAGCGUCCCUAUUAAACAUGCCUACUGGUGUGAUGUCAACGCUUUCGGCUUUUAUCUUCUCUAGUCUUGCUGCUAGAUGGGCGAAUAGACGGUGCCUUGUCACUAUGCUUGCUGCUUCAGUUCCCGUUAUUGGAUCUUUAAUCGUUUACACUCUGAAGAGAACGGACAUCCCUGCUCAAAUAAUUGGACUGUACUUUCUGUAUACCUAUUUUGGCCCUUAUGUUGUUGGCAUAUCUCUCGCUCAAGCAAAUACGGCAGGCCACACGAAGAAGAAUGUCCAAUAUUCAAUCUUAUACAUAGGUUAUGCAGUUGGGAAUUUGAUCGGACCUCAAACAUUUCGUGAUAGUCAGGCUCCUGCAUACACAGGCGGGUUUAUCGCAAUGCUUGUUUGCUAUUGUUCCUGUAUACUGCUCAUGGGGGUGUAUUGGAUUCUAGCCGCAUGGAUGAACAAACGGGCUAGCAGAGCUCGUGUGUCAGCUACUUGUGAAGGAGUUUCGGUAGAGAACCAUAUAGACCAGUUCAUGGAUAAAUCGGACUUUAAACAAGUGAACUUCAAAUAUACCACAUGA